CUGCCUCACAAGGCCGAUUACGCAAUCAAGGUCAGUAGGUGUGGCGAUGUUUUGUUGGUUCGGCAAUAAGCUUUGGGAUGCUCAUACAUUUAUCAUCCAAAUGAAAAACCACGUCGACGUUUUCGUUAUAUUGUUCAGUGCAGUUGGAAUGUGGCUAUCUGAAUUUCCGAAAUGUUCACAGUAAAUGGGUUAAUCCAGAGAUUUCUGAAUGUUUCGUUGAUGCAUAUUUAUUUUCAGGUCAGUUAGGGUUACUAAAGACAGCUCAUCAUUCGGCGCUCUGUUUAGUUCUGAGUCAAAUGUGUAUGAUUUGGCUAACAGCUCGUAUGAUAUAGAAUACGCGCCCUCUACUACUGUGUCAAGUGUGCUUCUAUAUGCCAAUUGGGACGCUGAUUCAAAUAGUGUUAGAUCAAAUUUCGAAGCUGUUCAGAACAUGAUUCCUUAUAAUAUCUUUGCAGUUAAUUGCGGUUUAUCAUCCUCCUUAUGUGGACAGACACAUAGAGUGAGACAUUUCCCUCUACUAAAUGUUCGCACUUCUCCAACAACCACGAUCCAAUACUCAGGACCAUAUACAAUCAGUCAUUUACUCAAGCUGUUUCAGUUUAUCGGCUUCCCGUUGAAAACCAUCCAUAAUUUGGAAGAUCUACACCUUCUCAUACUAAGUCAUAAAGUAUAUACUCUUUGAUAAUGUUUCAAAUUUUGAGGUGAUUGCUCUAGGAUCUUUUGAUUUCCAGCGCACGCAAGAUGUGUCUGAUUUCGAUCAUUUUUAUCAAAUGUCAGUUUCGACAAAAUAUAAAGAAGUUCCACACCAGAUGAACAAAAAUAUUGUGUUUUCUGUAGCCUCUCCACAUUUUUAUCACCUUAAUUUUGGUGAAAUAAAACCACAUCUUACUUUAAUUAUUUCGUGUGGCAACACAUCACAUGUUGAUGUUCAAAGUUUUGGUGAGCGUGGCUUGCACAACUUAUCUGAGAAUCUGUUCAAAUCUCGAAACCAUAGUACUACUACUUGUUUUAAUCCAGUGGAUAUAACCCCCUUGAACAAUCGGCGCUCUAACUUAUGGAAUAAUAUACUGAGAAAAACGCCCGUACUUUUGUUGAUUGGCCCUCACAUGUCCUUAGCUGAGCCAAUGGACUUACCACUGUACUUGCUAAAAUUGUUAAAACUGUCUUACUUUCCACAUGAUGAGUGUCACACUUUCAUAGUAAAUCCAGCAUUUACAAAUUUCAGUUUGAAUCUCACCAUGAGAGAUUCACUGAAAAUUAUGAAUAGAGGCGCGAUUGUUACAGCACAUAAGCGUUGCAAAUUAGCAGCUUAUUGUCCAAAAUGGUGGGAUUUUGUCAGCUUCCACAUUGGGAUCAGUAACGAAAGCAUUUGUGAGCUGCGAGAACGAUUUUCUGAAUUUAUCACUGAUGAUAAUUCAUCAGACCCCAUGUCGGAUUUACUUCGGAGUCAUAAACUAAACUCAACUGCAUCAAGAAUUCUUGCGUUACUUAAAAAUCAAACUGUUGCGGAAGAUGUUAUCAAGUAUGCUGUCAGUUUAUUGUAUGAAAUUUCUCUUUAUGAUAAACAGAAUGAAAUGUACUCGUCAUCAUCAUUACCCAAUGAUUAUAAUUGGAUUGAUAGUGGGGUUAUUGUGGAACAAUUGAAUUUUAUGUGUUGUCAUUGGUAUCAUGUUGAUCGUUUGGUUAAUAUGCAUGAAACAUUUGGUCCUGAAUGUCAGUUAGAUCCGAUACUUGCAGAUGCAUCUUAUGAAAAUCUGAAGAAUUCAGUUAUUUACAAUUUAGGUUGUUCAUUAAACAGAACAUUAGAAUUCCAUACAUUGGAUUCACAUUUGCAACCAACAUUAGCUUGGGAAAUUGGUGGAUAUUCAAACGACUCCAGUUGGCUUAAUUCUAACAGAUGGGGCGCUGCAAUUAUUGAUAUGCAGAAUGAAAAUGUUUUUCGUCUUGAGGAAGCUGUAAAUUUUCAGUCUUUAAGUCAAUUCAUCGCAGGUUUUCACAAUUCCACUUUACGACCUUGGUUACGAUAUCCAAAAGCAAGUCAACACACAUCAGUCAACUCUUCAGUGUCUAGUGAUUUACUUAUCGUUGAUGUUAAAAGUUCAGUACACUUAACGAAUUUAAUUGAUCAGUCAUCCGGUUUAGAAAAGUCAAGGAAAAAUUUAAUUUUGCUCUAUUACUCGUCAACAUGUAUAUAUUCAUUUGGUGGAAAUAGUGCUUUGUGGCAGUUUGAAGCAACAGCUCGGUUUUUCAAAUCAAACCAAUAUCUUUUGUUUGCUAGAGUGGACGUGUCGAAAUUAGACCUACCUUGGCAUCUGAGAGUUGAGAAUGUUCCGUGUAUAAUAUUUUUCCCUACCAAUCGGAAUCUCAUAUAG